GGACGCUUCCGCGCCGGAAAGCGGCCGACCGCGGCCCUCGCUGCGGCGGGGCCCGAGCGCGAGCGGCGCAACCCCGACGGCGGCUGCAGCGGGCGAGUUGGAACAUCUGCGGAGGAGAAAAUAAUCGUCUUUAAUUGCCCCUUUCCGCUGCGUUUCUCGCCCGCCCUCGCCGUCACGGGGCUGGGCCGCUGAGCCGCAGCCACCUUUGACCCGCUGUGAGCAUGGUGGGAGCGCGCGUCCCGGGUCAAACGACGGGGUUUGCUUUCCGGUGCUGUGCUUUAGUUUGCAAAGCAGGUAACGAGCGCGGUGCUCCUCUGGCCCGGUCCCCGCCGGCGCGUCCUGCUCCCCCGGGGGCCGGCCGCGGGGUUGCCGCGCCGUCCCUUGGCUCGCCGCGAUGGCUCUGCCCCGCGGCGUGGGGCUGAUGCACCGGCGCCUUCGCCGCCCGCCGGGCCCGAGCUGGGCUCCCCCGAGCAGCCCGCAGCAGCGGGUCCGCAGCGUGGUCACAGAGAAGAGCCGCGCGAUGGAGACGAAGGAGAAGAGGAAGGCCCCGGAGGGCUGCGGCUCCUCCUGGGAAAAGAGGUUAGCGGAUGUGGCCACUCCGCUGUGGAGGCUUCCCUACGAAGAGCAGCUGCAGGUGAAGUACGAAAGCCAGAGGAAGGCUUUGCGGACGCUGGCGUCCCGUCUCGAGGAAGCGGGCAUAGAUGCGCACAGACCUGGCGGACUCUGCUGUCCUCUCCGUCCUAUAGUCCCUUCGCCCGUCAUUAAUGGCUACCGAAACAAAUCCUCCUUCUCGGUGAACCAAGGACCGGAUGGGAACCCCAAAACCGUGGGCUUGUACGUGGGAACUGGCAGAGCAAGAAAUAUUGUCUGCGUGAAAGCGGACCACAUGGAGAACAUACCCACAAAACACAAACAAGUAGCCCAGUGCUACGAGGAGUUCCUCCGGCGCUCCCCGCUGGAGCCCUGCAUCCUCUUCCACCGCGGCGGACACUGGCGGGAGCUCGUCGUCCGCACCAACAGCCGCGGCCACACCAUGGCCAUCGUCACCUUCCACCCCCAGCAGCUGGGCCACGAGGCACUGACUGCUCAGAAAGCCUUGCUUAAGGAGUUCUUCACUUGUGGACCUGGAGCAGUUUGUGCCUUGACUUCGCUUUAUUUCCAAGAGAGCACUAUGACCCGCUGUUCCCACGAACAGUCACCCUACCAGCUCCUUUAUGGAGAACCACACAUCUUUGAGGAGCUGCUUGGCCUGAAGUUUCGCAUCUCUCCAGAUGCGUUUUUCCAAGUAAACACACGUGGAGCAGAAGUGCUGUACCAGGAGGUUGGGAAGCUGAGCCAGGCUGCUGGAGACACUGUCCUCCUCGAUGUCUGCUGUGGCACGGGCACAAUUGGUCUCUCUCUGGCUCGCCAGGUGUCUGAGGUUAUUGGUAUUGAGAUAGUGGAGAAGGCAGUGGAGGAUGCUAGGUGGAACGCGGCAUUCAACGGAAUUUCAAACUGCCAGUUUCACAGUGGGAAGGCAGAGACUGUGUUACCGCAACUCCUGUCAUCGUGGAAGGAUGACCGGCCCCUUGUUGCUGUGGUGAACCCAGCCCGGGCUGGACUCCAUUACAGGGUUGUGCGAGCCAUCCGAAACUGCAAGGCCAUCCGAAGGCUGCUCUACAUCUCCUGCAAGCCAGAGGGUGAAGCCAUGAGGAACUUCCUUGAAUUGUGCUGUCCACCCAACCCCAGGAAGAAGCUAGCAGAAGAGCCGUUUGCCCCCACGUUGGCUGUACCUUUUGACAUGUUUCCGCAUACGGCUCAUUGUGAGCUGGUGCUGCUGUUCACCCGCUGAUGAGCCAGGCAGGUACGCAAGCUCUGUGAGCUGAGGAAGAAACCUCCAGAUGUUCUGAAGGCUGGAAUGGAUGUGGUUAUGUUUUUAAUUUAUUUUCUUGGAAUGUGUAUAGAAAUAAAUAAAUAUUUUUGCUGUUACCUUGG